AUGACCAGAUCGCUUUUGGCUUUAGCAGAAUAUGACAUCACUUGUGUUACUCCCAAGGCUAUUAAGAGCCAAGCACUUGCAGACUUACUGGCCCAAUUCCCAUCAGGAGAACAUGAACCUGCAAAGGUACCUCUACCAGGUGAGGUCCAUGUCUCAGCGGCCGCAGUCGAGACUUAUUGGGACUUAAAAUUUGAUGGAACUUCCGGAGCUGGGAAUGGUGGAGCUGGCAUAACACUAACCAGUCAAGAAGGAGAGAAGUUUCAUCUUUCACAUAAGAUUGACUUCGAAUGCUCCAACAACGAGGUUAAAUAUGAGGCAAUGAUACUGGGUCUAAUUGCUGCACAAAAGAAGGGCCUCCGCAAGUUGAAAAUUUGGGGCGACUCUAAGCCAGUUAUCAAGCAAACAAUGGGUGAUUUCGCAUUGAAGGAGACUCUAUUGGCCUCAUAUCACACCGUGGUUCAAAGGUUGCUCACUCAAUUUGAUGAUGUCCAAAUCCAGCAUACGCCUCGAACACACAACCGUUUCCCUGAUGCCUUAGCUACACUGGGGGCAAAGGUGGAUAUACCAGAUGAUGGUAUAGCCAUCAUCAUCGACAAAAGAACAACACCAGCAGUAUUAGUCGAAAAACAUACAGAGCAAGGUGCUGAUGGGUGGAAAGCAGAUAUAAUCUAG